GCCACUUUCUUCAGAAGAUCAGACUUUCCAGAGGAAACCCCACAACUGUUGGAAAGUGCAGGAGUGAACAAGAUGGACACCAACACCUCUCUCCUCAUGAAUAUGACUGCAGGGAACUCCAUGAAUGUGUCUGGGAGGAUUCAAUCAGUAUCUGCUGGCUACAUUGUUCUGGAUGUCUUCUCAUAUUUGAUCCUUGCAGUCACCUUUGUCCUCGGAGUGCUGGGCAACGGGCUUGUGAUCUGGGUGGCUGGGUUUCGCAUGGUACGCACAGUCACCACCAUUUCUUACUUGAACCUGGCCAUUGCUGACUUUUGCUUCACCUCCACUUUGCCAUUUUUCAUCACCUCCAAGGCCAUGGAAGGACAGUGGCCAUUUGGUUGGUUCAUGUGCAAGUUCAUAUUUACCAUAGUAGACAUAAACCUGUUUGGAAGCGUCUUCCUGAUUGCCCUCAUCGCCUUGGACCGCUGUAUUUGUGUCCUGCACCCAGUCUGGGCUCAGAACCACCGGACAGUGGGUCUGGCCAAGAAGGUGAUCAUUGUACCCUGGCUGUGUGCUUUUCUUCUUACCUUGCCGGUUAUCAUUCGUUUGACCACAGUCCCUAAUAAACUUGGACCAGGAAAAACAGCAUGCACUUUUGACUUCUCCCCCUGGACCAAAGACCUUGAAGAGAAACAGAAGGUGGCAAUCACCAUGCUUACUAUCAGAGGAAUUAUCAGGUUCAUCAUUGGUUUCAGCACGCCUAUGUCCAUUGUCGCCAUUUGCUAUGGGCUAAUAGCCACUAAACUACACAGGAAAGGCAUGAUCAAAUCCAGCCGGUCCCUGCGUGUUCUCUCCUUUGUUGUGGCUGCCUUUUUCCUCUGCUGGUGUCCAUUUCAGAUAGUGGCCCUCAUAGCCACAAUCAGAAUACGUGAACGCUUGGCUGGGAUGGCUCAAAACAUCCAAAUUGCUCUGAAUAUCACAAGUUCCUUGGCUUUCUUCAACAGCUGCCUCAACCCAAUGCUCUAUGUGUUCAUGGGCCAAGACUUCAGAGAAAGACUAAUCCACUCCCUGCCUACCAGUCUAGAAAGGGCCCUUAGCGAGGACUCAGCCCAGACCAAUGACACAGGCACCAGCUCUACUUUGCCUUCUGACAACAAUGUAAAUGCAAUGUGAAAAGAGAGCUCCAACUUCCAACUUCCUCUGCUUUGAGUUCCACUGUGCUAUAGGCCUUCCCUGUUGGCCCUUGGGCUACAUACUCAUUGGAAAAACUUGAGAAGACUUUUUGAACCUUUGUACCUCGACCCGAGGUGAUCAAUAAAGAGAAAAGACAAAAAGAACAUGCAUUUUCAUGUUAGUUUGAGAGAGUUCCAAAUGAAAGCUAAUACUGUAAUGUCAUUGGAAUACUGUUGUCCACUUCUAGUCUACUCAGAGGCCUUAA